CAGCAUGAUACAAAAACAUCUACUGUCAAAUGUCUGACACGUCAUUGUAAGGUUAUAGGAGUGUUUGUUUAUUUUCUUGUUAAAUUCGCAAUUUCUUCGUCAUACAAUGUUCAAGAAACUCAAAGAAAAGAUCACAGAAGAGGUGAAAAGUUCGCCUCAGCGUUUCCAACAGCUGACCCAAUCCGUCAGCGACCGCCUGCAAAACGCGUCCACCUCAGACGAAAACUUCUUUUCGAUAGCCGAAGACGAUGCCACCAACAUUUCGAACAGCAGCCUCGAACCAGGGUUUACCAACGUGUCCUUAACGUCACCUCAGGAGAGCAAAUUCAGACGCAACUCGAGUUCUUCUGUAGCCAGUGACGUCUCGUUCUUGCCGAGGUACGAGUCCUUCGCCAACAUGUACCAUCUUCAGUCGGAUCUGGAAAUCUCGGCCAGCGAAAUCGAAGACAACGCCAGCACGUCGUCUCAACUCGGACAUUUGAGCAAAGAGCAAAUCUACUCGGCAUUCCAGAAGGCGCAGAUGCGCUAUCAUAAAUACAGGGGGCGUUACACGGACUUGGCGAAACACUACAAGGAUUUGGAGAGGGAGAACAGCAAGAUGAAGAGCGUUCUCGUGGAGACGCAAGAUAAAGCGAUCCGUAGGGUCACCGAGCUGAAGGAGCAGUGCUCGCUCGAGCAGAAAGCCAAAGCGCACUUGGAGGGGGCGCUAAGGGACGAAAUCGACGAAAAGCAACUCAAGAUAGAAUCGCUGCAGACGAAAAUCGAGUUGUUGCAGAACGGAGCCAACUCCAAUCAAGACGGGGAGAGUUUGGAGACUCUGAAUAAGUACCUGACGGACGCUCGACAGGAGAUCGAGAGUUUGAACGCCAAGAUUCAGGAGAUGAAAGCUAACGUAAUCAUUUUUCAAACCAAGGAGCAGGAAUAUAAAUUGAAGAUUUCGGGGUUGGAGAAGGAGGUGACGUUGUUUGCGGAACGCGAGAAAGAAAACAACUUGACUCUGGCUCAGAAUAAAAUGGAACUGCACCAUGAACUCUUGAGCAAAGACAACGAAAUCACUAAUCUGAAAAAGGACAAUGAGACGCUGAAGAAGAAUUUAGAUGUUUUGGUGACCGGCGGUGGAAAGCUGGAAAAUCUACAAAGCCAGAAUAAAAAAUUGAUCGAGAAACUGGAAAAUCUCACGUCCAAGUGCAACGGCUACGAAAACGAGCUACUGAAAAUGGAACAGCACAAAAUCGAAGCGCAAAAUUCUAACCAGUUGAACGCCGAUCUGAAGAACCAGUUGAAAGAAAUGGAAGAGAAAUUAGAAGCAGUGAGGGAGGAUGCGAAGAAGAGUUUGAUAAGCUUGGAAGAAAAGGUGCGAGAGAAGUUGCGAACGGAGUUCGAAAAAAAAGAGGAAGAGCUGCGGACGGACUUGGACAAGAAACUCGAGGAAAUUUCGUCAGGCGAAGAAAAAGAUUUCGAGUUGGCGCUUUGGGAAAAGGACGAAGAGAUCCAAAGAUUGAAGAACGUCAACGGGGAGCUUCUGGAAAGUUUGACUUCAAAGACACGUCAGUACGACGAUUUGGAGAAAAACCACCUCGAGUUGAUAGACGAUAGCGUCAGAAUCAGGAGCAACGUCAGCAAUUUAGAAAAAGACUUAAUUACAUCUAAGAACGACAACCACGUGUGUCAACUGAAAAUCGGAAGAUUGGAGUCAGACGUAGCAAAUCUCGAGAAGAACGUCCAGGAUUACGAAACCAACGAAAGUCGACUCUUAAAAGAAAAAGACGUUAUCGCGAACGAACUACAAACCGUUAGAGAUUUGAUGAAGGACGGUUUAACGAAAUCCGACGAAGUGGAUUUGCUGAAAUCCACGCUACAAAGUCUGGAAGAAGAAAAAGAGAAACUCGUACAAGUGGUGGAAGAUGAGCGUCAAAAACGUGACGAACAGUGUAGGAAAAACGCCGAGCUUCUCGAAAACAUACAACACCUUAAAGAUGCGAUUCAAAAACGUGAAGAAAAUCUCGACAAGAAGAAGAAAGGAUUGGAACGGAAAUUAGAAGAUGAGAAAAUUAAACUUCAAGAGAAGCUCGAAGCGAGCGAAAACACCGUACGAAGAUUAGAAGAAACGAGCACACAACUUGGCGAAGAAUUAAAAGAACUGAACGAGAAGAAAGAAGAAGUUGUAGCGUUGGGGGCAGAACUCGAAAAGUCGACUCGAGAGAAAAAUGAGUUGAGUCUAAAAGUCGUUUUUCUCGGAGAGGAAUUGAGUAAGAGCGAAGAAAGCAACUCGCUUUUGAGAAAAGCCCUUGAAGAAGAAAAGGAACGAGUGACGCGAAGUCUCGCAGACAGCGAAGUGGAAGUGAAGCGAGUGGAAGGUCAUAAUUCCGAGUUAAUUUUUAGGGUUGAAGAUCUAGAAAAGAAGUUAGUCGACGUCACCGCUAGCUUAGAAAACGAACGACAGGUAAAUUCGGUUCUUCGGUCCGAGGAGAGCAGACGUGGAGACUUGGAAGAAACGAAUGCAGAAUUGAGACGGUUAGUUGAAGAAAAGGAUGCAAAAAUGGAAGAAGCUGUCGGUCAGCUGGAAGGAGAAGUGGCAACAUUUAAGGACACGUUGAGAAGACAAGAGGAAGAAGUUGGUGGUCUGAGGGAAGAGUUGUUGAAGAAUUCGACCGAAAUGAAGAAACGCGACGAAGAACGAAACCAAACGCUCGAGGAAUUAAAUUUACUUAAAAAACUCUUAGAAGAGGCUAAUAAUAAUUUAACUGUAAAAGAACACGAGAUGCGAAAUUUAGAGCGAAAGUAUGUAGAGUCGGAAGAAACUCUUGAACGUGUUUCUCAAAACUUGGAAGCUCGUUUAAGCAAAGAAGAAGACUUGCUAAUCAAACAGGACAAAUGCGAAAAAGACCUAAAACUAAAAGAAACCCUUAUAUCCGCCCUUUCGAAAAAAUUAGACGAAUACAACGACUUCAUCGAUCAGAGAAACGAAGGAUUCUCAAAAAUCUUCACAAACUUCCCCGGAGAGACACCGAAUCAUUUCGUCCACAACAAAGACCACAAGAACUUGCAAAAUCUCGAAGAGAAGUUGCAGAUCUUCGAGAAAACCUUCUCGAUGGAGAAGGAGAAUCUAACGAAGAUCUUAACUUAUUUGAAAAAAUUUGAAGAGAAAUAUUCUUCUGCGGAGUUCGAAAGGGCUCAGUUGGAGCACGAAAAAGGACGGCUUUCGGGCGAAGUGGAGCAGCUGCGAUCGACGAUUCAAGAGCUGACUUCGACACGGUCCGACACAAAAUUGACAGAAGAAGAAUUCGUGCGUCUGAAAGAAGAAAACGCGACUCUGGUCGAAGAAAGGAAAAAAGUCGAACAAAGCCUUCUCGAACUGGAGUCGCGAAACGCGCAAGUGGUUUCUGAUAGUAAUUUCCUUUCCGAAGAAAACAACGCUUUAGUGACGGAACUCGAAGAACUGAAAAUAAAGAACGAAGAAACGAGGAAACGAGCGGAAAACGACUCGAGGCAGAACGCGGAAUUGGAACGUCACGUUGGCGAAUUGCAGCACGAAAAGCAGCUGCUGCAAGAAGAAAUUGAGGAGCUGAAAACGGCACCGAUAAAUCUACACGACAACGUCGAAGCGAAGAACAAGGAAGAGGAGUACGCUAAAGAAAUCGAAAAUUUGAGGACGAAAGUGGUUCAGUAUAAGAGUCUGGACUUGACGAAUCGUAGUUCGAUCGAGUUUUACGAAAACGAGUUGCAGAAACUCAAAAAUCAAAACGAGAAGUUGAAUCGGAAGCUCGACGAGACCCUAGUCACCCUCAACCAUUGCUCGGAGCUGUCGAAUUCGACGGAGAUCGAGUAUUUGAAGAACGUUUUGUACAAUUACAUGCUGGGGAAGGAGAGUUUGGUCUUGGCGAGAGUGAUAGCGGCAGUCUGCAAGUUCGACCCCCAUCAGACUGAGUUGAUUUUAGCCAAAGAACAGCAGAAACAGACGCUGCUGGGCCAGUUGGGAAUUCUUUAAUACGAGUACCUCACGGCAGUAUUUUUAACUAACGUAGGCGCAUUCCAUGUUCUCAUUAUGUACAAAACGGCAAACGAUUUUACUAAUUUAAUUACUAAUGCACUAGCGGUUGUAAAUAUUUUGUUAUUUGUGUCUUAUAUUUAUGUAUUGUUAUAAUAAACUAACUUUCGUAAAA